AAGACGUCCUUCACUAAACGCACACACAGGCUAGAGAUGUUCCGUAUAUUCAGAACGUUCAGAAAGUAAAGCGGCGGAUAUACGUUCGAAAGCAGUCGAGCCUCAGUUCAGUAUCCGAGCGCGUUGGAAUAGUCGCGUUUCACAACCGCCCGAUCAACGAAAACCAAGUGCCUGAUGCAGAGCUAGUGAUGUGCCUUGUGUGACAGUGUUUCCAGUGCCUAGUACUAAAUAUAUAUUUUUUUUAUAUUUGACGUAUUACCCGUGGUAUUAGUGACGCGAUAUUUCAAAAGUGAUAACACGAUGGAGUUGAAAAGGCUUUCUAUAUGCUUGGCGUUCUUCGUGCUGGCCUACAUCUCACAUUGUUCAGAAGCCCGACAUUCGCUGGUUCGUCGCGACGCCAACGAUGACAUUUUCGACGAGCCUCUGCAGAACGACGAAGGGAUUGACGACGAAGCGCAGAACGAUGGAGAAGGCAACGAAGAAGAAGAAGACGCAGUCGUGGCUAAAAUAGUGACGCAACCUGCGUCCUAUAACGUCACCAUCGGACGCACUGUGCGCCUCGAGUGCAAAGUGUCACCUGCCGACGACGUUGUGGUGCAGUGGAGGAGGAACGACACGAACUACUUUAUCGGCACUCGAAAACCUUCAGAUCAGGACCUGUCUACUUACGGCGUUGGCGACAGAUACUCUAUAGCCGCAAACUCUACGGACCUGUUGAUACGGGACUUGCGUCCAUCUGACAGCGGCGUUUACACGUGCGAAGUGCUGCAGAUGGACCCAGUCAAGAUACAGCACACGUUGGCUAUCCUCGAGUCACCGAGGAUUGUCAAAUUUACGGCGACAGACAAUGGACAACUCCUCGAAGGUUCGGAUUUACUCCUGACCUGUGACGUCACCGGCUCUCCACCUCCUCAGAUCGUUUGGUCCAGAGACGAAGACAAUAUUAACAAACGCCUGCAAGAGGAAGACGCGACGUUCGUCGGUAACACGGUGUCAAUCAAGAACGUCAGGCGUUCUCACUCAGGCCGGUACUACUGCUACGUGUUUAACGGUGUCGGCACUAACCAGGCGGAGGUUAACGUCGUUGUUAGAGGCAAACCCCGUGUGCACAUCAGCAGGACCGUGGUCAACUCGGCUGUCGGCGUCGAAGCUAUAUUGGAGUGUGCUGUACAUGAUGAUGCUGCAUCUCACAUCCGCUGGUACAAGGACGGGCAACGUAUCGAGGACUCGUCCCGCGCGUACACCAUCAGCACCUCCGGCCAGCGCUCUAACCUCACCGUGUUGCCGCUUCGAGAUGAGGACUUCGGCACUUUUACUUGUGAGGCGGAAAACGAACAAGGCAGUCACAACAGGUCGAUCGACCUCGUACAGAGCCCCGUGUUGGAUAACCUACAAGUCGACGGUCCCAAGAUCUCUCUCACCAUCCACUCGCAUCAGCCACUAGAAACCAUCGAACUGCAACUGAAGGAACUUGAUGGGAAUGCAGAAUGGAAGACUCUCAACGUGCCAGUACCUCAAAGCAGCAACCCUCACGAGUACCAGGUGGACUAUUCAUUGGAGAACGACCUCGGGAACGGCGGCAAGUACGAAGUCACCGUGAAGGUGAAGAAUGAGAAGAGUUGGAGCGCGCACACCAACCCGGCCAUCGUUGAGUACGAAGCGCGUCCACAGCCCAUCCAGCAUGCUUCAGUAUACCGAGGCAGUGCUCACACACACACACCGGCGCAGUAUUUCCUGGCGACGGCACUGAUGUACCUCCUCGUGCGAAUGUAAAAUGGCGGGCAUAGCUUAAUUAUUUAUUUUUAGUAUCAAGUAUUUGGUAUAAGACAAGUAUCUACAUUCUACACCUGGAGCUGGUGGACGAAUUUUUCAUAGUGUUUGUGCAAAAAUAAUAUCUAUCCAGGUUCUUUUUUGUUAUUGUUGCUUAUUGUACGAAUUAUGCAUUUUUGACUUGCACUAUUGAAGAUAUGUAAGUAAAAGUCAAAACUACUUUACGAAUAAAAACACACUAAACUGUUUUUUUUUAAUUGUCAUGAUACAUUUGAUAUUGUUUUUAAAUUAUUCUAAAAAAAGGCUGCUGAUAAGUAGUCUUAAACUUGAAUUAAGUGAAAAUGUAUCAACUCUUAUAUAUUUUUUUAUCAAACCAUUAAUGAAUGCUAUAAAUAAAAUGUUCACCAGCUCUUAGAAUAUUUGGUGUGUUUUUUUUAUUUUUAUUUCGUCAAUGUUAAAACACCGCUUAUCGAUGUACCUAUUAAAAAUAUUCGUAAAAAAAUAUUUUUUUGGAAAUUAUUGCAGUUAGAUGUCUGCUUUUACUGUUGAAAAAUCAAGAGGAAAUACAUUAUAUUGAUUAGGUAUACUUGAAUUCCGUUUUACUUACUUUUUACGUUCUAUAGAGGCUCAGAGUGUUUGUUUAUGUAUUUGUGAUAUUUUGUGCAAAAAUACAACAACAAGAAUAUUUUUUUAUUAACUAUUCGAUUUAACGAAGGACUUGUUAAUGCCAAGUUACUUAAAAUUUUUCCGUCAUCUUUCGAUUUAUUCAGUAUAACAAAUGGUAACCAUAAACCUAACAUUAGAAAUAACACUAACCAUUUUAUGUAAUUAUUAUAAUAUAAUUUUUUAUUAAACUAUUAUUAUUUUAUUGUAAAUAUUAUACAAUUAUAUUUUAAUGAACUACGUGAAAUAAAUGAAUAAUCCAUUAAAUUAAUAAAUGAUUACCUAAUUCAAAAUCAUUUAUUAAUAUAAAUAUGUAUUUCCUUUUAUUUUAUGUAAGCUUUCUCACAUUAAUUUUAAAUAAUUUGUAUUAAAAAUGUAGGUAAUUAUUACCAAAGUGUAAUUAAGUUUAAUUAAUCACAUUAAGUGUUAUCGAAGUUUAUUUUGAAUAUUAAUUAAUUAAUGCUAUGGAAAAUUAAAAAAAAACAAUGUGGUAGAUUACGGACGCUGACGCAAAUAAAAACAAAUCAUGGCAGAAUUAUUAUUGUUAAAUAAACAACAGUAGAAAUAAAAUAAUUGAAUAAUAAUUAAUUAACUAAUACCAGUUAAAAUACAUAGUUUUAAUAAAAAUGUGCCUAUAUUAAUACAAUAGUUCCAAAAGGUGCUUACCUUUUUUUAAUAAUCCUAAUCUUCCAGUAAUGUAUUUAAUAGAGAAAAAAGGCGUUGUACUUUCAAAAAUUAUUCUUUACAACGCUAAAAUAAUAAUUAAAAUUUUAAAAGUAAUAAGUCUUACAAAAUAAUUCAUAUUUUUUUACAUUUUUUUGUUAGCUAAUUUAGAAAAUAGGUAUACUUAUAUUAAAUUUUCGAAUAAUGCAUCAAUGUUGCUAAAAUUCGCACAAAUAGUUUUAUGUUUGUGUUUUUAAUCAAAUAAUUGAAGUACAAUCAAAAUAAAAUUUCACAUAUAAAAUCAUGCAAUUGUAAUUUUUUUGAAAGUUCCACGCCUAAAUAUUACCAGCUAGUCUUUAAUAUUAAAAUCGCUUUUAAAUUCUAGAGUCUUUACACAGUACGAUAUUUUCACGCAUAGUGUAAACGCGACAAACGCGUUGCAACGAAAUUGUUGCGACCCACGUUUCUAAAUCAUUGAAAUCAGUCUUCCACGCUAUACUGUGCCCAGUGAAUAGUUAGUGGCCAUGAAAAAAGGACGUUGUCUCAAAUUAAUCAAAUAAGUGAAGCUACCUUAUACUCGAUGGCUCUGUUAAAUAAUCCUUUUAUAUCAAAUUUAAUAUUAAAUUUGAUUUGAAUAAUAAAUAAAUAUAAAACUAACUUUAUUUUAUUUAUUUUGUUUUUGUACAAAAAUACGUAAAUUUUGCGGAACACUGAUUUAAAUGACUGCGUUAGAAAAUGUCGUAUAAUGUAAAGGCAUAUAAGAGACCAUUUUUUUAAGAAUACCCAGUAAUGCAUUGCUUUUAAAACGUAGAUUUUAACAUGAAUAUGUCAUUGUAGAUGACUAAAAUGACAUGAAAAGUACAAUCAACUAUGUAGAAAAAAUGUACUACAAAAUAACAAUAACAUAGGCUAAUAGUAAAAAAGUGCAGUUUUGUUCUGUGUUUUAUGUAAGUAUCAUAAUAUACUUUAGUAAUAUACAUUCUUAAACCAAUAAUAUCUAUGUAUAUAUUAUACAAACGUAUGUGUAUUGUAUUUCGAACUCAGUCUAAAUUCACAUAAUUUCAUAUUUUAUAUUUUUCCCCCCUGAAAUUAAUUGUUAGCCUAUGAUUAUUUUAUAAUAGGAAAUAAAAUGUUAUUGAUAGUGUUAUUAAAAAUAUUUCAAUGGCGUAUUUACGUGUAAAGCGUUUUGUGUAAAUUCUAUAAUUUGCAAUUAAUGCUUCGUGGCAAUUACGAAUUCCAAAUUAAUAAAAAAAUAAUUUAUGUACAUUAAUGCUAUUACAAUAAGUACGGAACCACAUUUCUUAUAAAUAAUUACCAAAUUGAUUUU